AUGCCCCUCCACUCUCGAUCGACCAUGGCCGAGCACUUCGCACAAGUUCUCCUCCUCUUCCUCCUGCUAGCCAUCACUUCCCUUCCGAUCUCCAUGGCUUCGCUUCACAAUCUCCGUCUCUCAGCCUCCGAAGUUGCCGCGAUCGAGGAGCGCGCGCCGCCUCCGCCGGACCAGCCCACCACCUUCUUCGAGGUGGACCGGCCGCACCGGCCACCGCCGGGCAGCUUCGGCCCAUGCUCGACCGUGCUUCUCUCACACUCCUUCGCUUACACCUACACCAAGCCCCCGGUCACGGCCGCCUACUCCCCGCCGCCGUGCCUCGCCGCCGCGGGCGGGCACGCCUCGCUGAUCUCCCUUGCCGUUCUUGAGUGGCGAGCCGCCUGCCGGGGCGUCCAGUACGAUCGCAUCUUCGGAGUCUGGCUCGGCGGCGCCGAGCUCCUCCGCGGCUGCACGGCUGAGCCACGAAGAAACGGCAUCGAGUGGUCCGUGUCCAAAGAUAUCACCAAGUACGCGUCCCUCCUCGCCGCCCGCAACCCCUCCACCCUCGCCGUAUACCUCGGCAAUGUCGUCGACGAGCAGUACACCGGCGUGUACCACGCCAACCUCACGCUACACCUCUACUUCCGCCACCCGCCGCAGCCUCCGCAGCCCGGGCUGGGUCCCGCCGACGUCAUCGUCCCCGUCUCGCGGAGCCUCCCUUUGAACGACGGCCUAUGGUUCCAGAUCCAGAACGGCGAGGACGUUGGGUCAGCGAGCCUCGCCGUGCCGACCAACGCCUACCGUGCCGUCCUCGAGGUGUACCUCUCGUACCACGCCCACGAUGAGUUCUGGUACACCAACACGAUCGGCAGCAACGGCCCCUUCCGCGAGGUCACCGUCAGCAUCGACGGGGAUCUCGUCGGCGCCGUCUGGCCGUUCCCGGUCAUCUACACCGGCGGCAUUAACCCCCUCCUCUGGCGCCCGAUCACGGGGAUCGGCUCGUUCAAUCUCCCGUCUUACGAUAUCGAGAUCACGCCUUUCUUGGAAAAAUUGUUGGACGGCAAGGCGCACGAGUUUGGCCUGUCAGUGACCAACGCCAAGGACGCGUGGUUCAUCGACGCCAACCUACACCUCUGGCUGGACCCCAGGGGAGCGCCGACGACAGCGAGCACCACCAGCUACGACGCGCCACCGCUGGACAGUACCACAGCGUUCCGGCCCGACGGCCCCGGCACCGAGUUCUACUACACGACGGCGUUCCGGCGCAUCUCUGCCACGGGGUGGGUGCAAACGCCGUCCUACGGCAAGAUCACGGCAACGUGGACGCAGAGGCUCAGCUACGACAACACGAACGAGGUCGAGGGCGACAGCCAGCAGGUGGUGAACCAGACGACCGAAGCGUACUCCGGCGUGCACGUCACGGACCGCGGCGGCAUCGCGUACUCGCAAGAGGCGCAACAGAGCUUCCGGCUCGACGUGUUCGUGGGCGUGGUGAACGAGGCGUUCAACGGCUCGUACACGGUGGCGAGAGACGUCCGGCUGGGGUUCGCCGAGGAGAGGGUCGCCGCCGGCCGCGCGGGGUUCUUCUGGUCUCGGUCGCUGAGCAACGCGCAGGAGUGCGCUGUGAACGUGGACGUGGACGACGAAGGGGACGUGGUCGGGGUGUCGUCGGGCACGAGGCAGAACUACAGGUACGAGGCGACCGACGGGUGCUACUCCCGGGACGUGGCCAGCAGCGGUUAUGGCAUAGUCUCAGACCGCUCCGACGAGGUUUGCGUGAAGGGGUCGUUUCCUUCCGGUGUCGGCGCCGUGGCAUCGCCGGCUUUGGCGCGUCGGACGAGCUCGUGA